GAAGCUGCAAGCCAAAAAGCGAAGCAGAAGCUUGGAGGCGACCGGAGUGCGAGGAGUCCUGAGCGGACACUUGGGACGCUACUUUUUCUUCACUUUAAGCGCAGAAGAAGAAGACGAUUGAUCACAGAGCAACUACAAGUUUCUCUUUCCAAGGAUGAGGCAGUAUCAAGGUUGGAGGAGGGGCUUCCUGCUGCUGCUGCUGGUGUUUCUUCAGGAAGCUAUGCCACAAAAGCUUCCCACGCGAGAUGAAGGACUUUUCCAGAUGCAGAUCCGAGACAAGUCGCGGUUCCACGACUCGUCCGUCAUUCCCGAUGGAGCCGAGAUCAGCGGCUACCUCUUCAGGGACACGCCCAAAAGGUACUACUUUGUAGUGGAAGAAGACAACACGCCUCUGUCGGUCACGGUGACGCCGUGCGACGCUCCUCUGGAGUGGAAGCUGACACUUCAGGAGCUUCCCGAAGAAGCCAGUGGAGAAGCUUCAGGCGAGCCUGAGCCGUUGGACCAACAGAAACAGCAGGUGACGGUGGACGAGGGGACGGAGCUCUUCAGCUACAAGGGCAACGACGUGGAGUCCUAUGUGGCCACCAGCACGCCGUCCGGCCUCUACCAACUGGAGUUGUUGUCCACAGAGAAGGACAGCAACUUCAAAGUGUACGCCAGCACCACACCAGAGUCGGACCAGCCCUACCCGGAGCUGCCCUACGACCCCCGCGUGGACGUCACUUCGCUAGGCCGCACCACUGUCACCCUGGCCUGGAAGCCCACGCCCACCGGCUUCCUGAUGGGCCAGCCCGUCCUGUACUGCGUGGUGAUCAACAAGGAGCACAACUUCAAGAGCAUGUGCGCCGCCGAGGCCAAGCUGAGCGCCGACGACGCCUUCAUGCUGGCGCCCAAGCCUGGCAGAGACUUCAGCCCGUUUGACUUUGUCCGCUUUGGCUUUGUCCCACCCGACGGCACGGGCAAGGACCGAGGCCUCGCCAGCAACAAGAUAUCACGGGUGUAUGCCGUCAAGCCCAAAGCGUUGGACAUCCAGAAGGUGUGCAUCGGCAACAAGAACAUUUUCACCGUGUCGGAGCUGAAACCGGACACCCAGUACUACUUUGAUGUCUUUGCCAUCAAUUCCGCCACCAACACCAGCACCGCGUACGUGGGCACCUUCGCCCGCACCAAAGAAGAAGCCCGCCAGAAGACGGCGGAGCUGAAGGACGGCAAAGUAUCCGAUGUCUUCAUCAAAAGGAAAGGCAGCAAGUUCCUGCGCUUCGCCCCCGUGUCCUCGCACCAGAGGGUGACGCUCUUUGUGCACGCCUGCCUGGAUGGCGUGCAGGUGCAGGUGAGACGCGACGGCAAGCUGCUGCUCUCCCAGAAUGUGGAAGGCGUGCGGCAGUUCCAGCUGCGAGGAAAGCCCAAGGCCAAGUAUUUGAUCCGUCUGCGCGGCAGCCGCAAGGGCGCCUCCACCUUGAAGGUCCUGGCUACCACGCGGGCCGGCAGCAAGCAGCCCUUCCCUUCCCUGCCGGAGGACACGCGCAUCAAGGCCUUUGACAAGUUGCGCACCUGCUCCUCCGUCACUGUGGCCUGGCUGGGCACGCAAGACCGCAACAAGUACUGUGUCUACCGCAGGGAGGUGGCUGACAACUACGGCGAGGAGCAGCGGCGGCGGGAGCAGAACCGCUGCGCCGGGCCCGAGACCCGCCGCAAGACGGAGAAGGUCGUGUGCAAGUACUUCCACAGCCCCAACCUGCAGAAAGCUGUGACCACAGAGACAGUGGGGGGGCUGGAGCCCGGCAAGACCUACCUGCUGGACGUUUACGUAGUGGCGCACAGCGGCCACUCGGUCAAAUACCAGAGCAAACUGGUGAAAACCAGGAAGUACUGUUAAGUGACUGCGCACAGAGGAAAUCUAUUGGAAAAAGAUAUCUAUAAGAAAUAAGUUUAUUUAACUCUGGAAGAAGUAAGGAGACGGCUCACGGGACUGUCGCUAGAGAUGUCCGCCUGUAUAUUUAUGUUUACACUUCCUGGCGUCUUCAUCUGCUGCGUUGCUGCAUGACGUCGCAACCGGGAGACCGAGCGUCGCUAGUGUGUAUAGAUCCGUCACUGCGUAUUCCACACCUGUCCUUUAAAUUAUUUUAUACCGCUUCUCUCUUGAUCCAGUGUUAUCGUGACAUUCCCUUGUGUAACAGAAUUAUUAUCAAUGUGUGUGUGUGUGUGUGAGUGUGAGUGCGCGCGUGUGUGUGUGUGUCGCAUGUACAGUUGUCCUGGCAGUAUUCAUGUACAUAAACACUAAAUAUAGAAGAAGUAAUCCCUCUGUCA